GUGACGUGCUGCGCUUGCGGAACAGGGUGUCAGCGUCUUUUCUGCGGCUGAAGCAGCUAGAUUUAAAACCAAAAUUAUAGGUUAACAGCCAUACAUUUGUCCUUGUAUGCAAUAAUAACCUCUUGAAUGUAUUGGGGAUGUCUGCGACUGACUGGUACGCGCAUAAGUCGCUGGAAAAUGGGGUGUUUUGGAUCCAGGAGCGUUUUUAUGAAUCGGGGAACAGGGCGAAUAUCUGGCUCAUACGCGGGUCCCAUCAGGACGUCGUCAUAGAUACCGGACUGGGGUUACGGAGUCUGCCUGAAUACAUCCAUAGCAAAGGGCUGCUAGGGGACGAUUCGAAACGCAAGAACCCGCUGUUAGCCAUCGGCACGCAUGUGCAUUUUGAUCAUUCGGGUGGGCUGCAUCAGUUUCAACAGGUGGGCGUGCACAAGGCGGAGGUGGAUGCUCUGGCUAACGGUGACAACUUUGAGACCGUGACAUGGUUAUCUGACCGCGAGAUCGUGGAGGAUCCAGCGCCUGGAUGGCGAGCAAGACAGUAUAGAGUGAAGGCGGUUACGCCAACCCAUAUAUUACAAGAAGGCGACGUUAUCAACCUUGGGGACCGGCAACUUACUGUUCUCCACAUGCCGGGCCAUUCCAGAGGCAGCAUUUGUCUCCAUGACAAGGAGAACAAGAUGCUGUUCAGUGGAGACGUGGUCUAUGAUGGUUCCAUGAUUGAUUGGCUUCCCUACAGCAGGAUCAGCGACUACAUCCGUAGCUGCGAAAGGCUGGUAGAGAUGGUCGAUAAAGAGGAGAUUGACCUGGUUAUGCCUGGCCAUUAUAACACUUUUGGGAGCAAACGGCUACACCGGUUAGCAUCCAACUACAUGGCUAGUGCCGGCGCCUGCCACAGAGCCUCCACCUGCGUGGUGAAGUCUAUCGCCAGCCUGGCACUUCGAGCCUCUAACUCAAGAAGUGCCUGCUAGUAGUUAUGAUACAGACUACUAUGCAACAACAUACGUCAUUGCAGACCUCAAUAUUGAGCACAGUGAAAAUGCUGAGCAAUACAGUGUGCUAAUGAUAUACAGUUUGAUAAUAGUAUUUGUGUUCAUCAUGGUUCAAAAUAAUGGGGGAAAUAUGCUGCAUAAUAUCCAUCAAAGCAUCAAAAAGACUAGUAGAUAUUGCCAUAUUUUAGAGGUGCUGUGUGUAAUUUUCAACAUUAAAGUAUUUUCUCCUAUAUUCCAGUUUAAUAUGUAAAGACAUUUUAUAAUACUACUACUAAAAAAAAAAAAAAAAGUGCAGUCUCUGUGGAUACGUGUCAUUUUUAGCAGCCCAAUUCAUAGUUUUCAGUCAUGUCACUGGUGUGGAGACCUGGAGGGCAAAAUAUUCAUAGAUUACAGGACUGAAAAAAAGAAAAAUAUGUGAACAAAAUGCAAGUUUUGGCAACUUGUGAUCUAUAUCCAGCACUUGCUGCAGUAUUUCAAUCACUAAAAACAGCAGGACAUUCUAAAACACUUAACGUAAAAAAAUACUUACAGUAAAGUGCCUUAAUGUACUAAAACAGUGAUAUUAAAAGAUCAAAUUCAGUAUUCACCAUGUUGAUGAUGUAUACUAUAUACAGGCGAGCAGAUGAGCCCAGAAUAUUAAUGCAAAGCACUAAAUGGGUAUGUUUUUUUUUUUUUUUUUAAAUAAUGGUUUUCUAUGGGAAAACGCAUUUAUAUUCGGAGUUCAUCUGCUAGCCUGUACAUAGUAUGCAUCAUCAGUAAGGCGUAUACUGAAAUUUGUCUUUUAAUAUCACUGUCUUGCUAUAUUAGUACUUAGUACAAACCUGGUAAGAAUGACUGGUGGGCAAUGGAGGAAAGCCAUGCUUUGCCCUCCAGGUGUGCAUUCCUAUAAGUGUGUGAAGUCACAUGAAAACUAUGAAUGUAGCAGUGCCCCCCCCAAACCCUUCUGAUUCAUUAGUCGCUAUAAGUAAAUAAUUAGAAAAAUAACAAUAUGCAGUAAACACUAACAGUAAAACUAUUUGCGCCACACUGAUUUAUGAUUAUGAUAAGUUCAGAUAAUAUCAUGACAAAUACCAGUCAGUAAGGGUUAGUAUUUGUUUCAGCGUUGUGUAGUCAGUCAGCACUCUAACUGACAUGACCAGUGAAAUCUUUACAAUCGGCUGUGAGGCCGUAUUAUUUUAUAUAGAGAAUGAGAUACUAUAAUAGUUCUUAUUAUAGUUUUUUUUUUUCCUGUUUUAACAUUUCUAUAUAGUUUUUAUUCAUUUUUAUUUCAGAUUUUGUUUUAUUCUGUACAUCAAGUUAAACUAAAUGAAAAUUAAAUGUUUUUUUUUUUGUUUGUUUUUUCAUUUUUUAAUUUAGUUGAAGCUUAUUUUAUUUCUAGUAAUGAAAAUGUUUCUAUUUUUAUGGGUUUUAGUUAACUAUAAUAAUAGUUAACCCUCCUGUGAUGGGCAACUCUUAACUGGUUUUGGGAAAAAAAAAAAAAAAAAAAACAUCAACCAGAUAUGGUGAUGUCAACUGGCGUGAGUCUGGAUUGGACUCCGUGUUUGACCAAACCCUGAAGGAUUGGAUGUUUGGGGAAACUUAUUUGGCUGUAUCAUUUCUGCUAUUCCAUUUGGGUCACUAGUGGUUCAGAAAUUACACACUGCACCUUUAAUAAAUAAUUUCAUUAUAUAAACAUUUGGUUUAAUCAAGAGACUUGUCUACAGAUCUACAAAAUCCCAAUAAGGCACAUUGUAGCUGACAUAAUUACACUUUCAAUAACCAGUAAUCUGAUCUGUUUUAGGUGAAUCAUCUUUUAAGAGACAGCGAUUUGUUAGCUAAAAUGGGAGUUUAUGUGAAUUAGUAGCAUACUGUUGACUUACUCUCUAUGGAAGUCUCUGCAUGAGAUAUUGAUGUAGCACUGCAUGGACACAGCAUCGUUCUAUUAUUCAAUAGGCUCAGAGUGGAUUGUGUUGUGUAUUUGAUUGAAGUGCAUUACUUGCAAACAAAAUCAUAAUCUUUCAGCAGCAUAUUAGUCAGGGAAAAUGACUAGCCUUGACAGAAAGAUGCCUGAACUGUGAUUUUUGUUUGGUUUAGUUCCAUAACACUGCCUCCAUAUAAGUAGUUCUCUUUGUUGUGUGCUUAUUUGCAAACUGCACAAUUUUGAUUUAUUUGUAUUAGUAAUUUUUAUAGAGAAGCACAGAAGUCAAUGUGGGUGAUAGGCCAAAGGCUUUUUUUUUUUUUUCCUCUCAGUAGUCACUGCCUUAGUUUAAUCUGACAUAAUGUAAGGGCCUCCUCUUUAGUAUUCAAAUGUGAAGCCGUGAGUGUAUGAAAUGAGACGUUGGGGAGGCUAUAAGUAUGACUGACACCAAGUCACUCAUUUAUGUUGCCAAACUACAAAUAUGCUGCUUGACUAUUUUGAUGUAAUUUUCAUAAUGCUGAAAUGUCAUUUUCACUUAAUUAGUAUCAUAAAAAGGAGAGUAGAAUGUGUUUGUGUGAAUGUGAUGGACAUGAACAUAUGUAUUAUGAAUCUACAGUUGAAGUGAGCUUGUACAGUUUAUGUGCACUAUGUUUCUGCUCAGGAAUCCCUUGACUCCAGGCAAAAUGAGCAGAGCUAUACAUGCAACACUAUAUUUAGUGCCUCUUGGAGAGUAAACAAACGAAUACCUCGCAAUGCCAUGACAACAGCUGUUGUAAUACCCAGGCAUCUGUUUAACAAUAUACUCACUUUUAAUUCUGUA